UUGGCGUAGAAGAAAACCACUAGCGGCGGCUAAUUUUAUUUAAGUGCGUUAAUAGCUGCUGUUGUCGCGCCAUCGUAUUUCUUUUGAAAUCGUUAUUUUAGUUAAUAUAUCAAAUUUUGAAUAAAAUCAUUUUUUUUAAGUUAAUAUAAAAGUGAUUUCUUUAAUACGGCAAUUAAGUAAACUGUUGAGCAUAUGUGCAUGUAUGCUACGGAAUUUCAUUCAAGAAUUUUUUGUUUUUUUUACCGCAAAAAUUUUUGUUAAAGUGACAAGGAUACAAUUUGUACAAUAAUUAAUUUUAAGUGUUAUUAAAUAAAAACAUUAUAAACAUAAAAGGACGUCUAACAGAUAUCGUACAACUAUAUAAAGUGUUCAAAAAUUUCAAUUUACAUUAUUAGCUAGGAAUUUGUAAAAGUUAUAAUAUAUAUUAAAAUGGCUAUCAUACUUCAUGAAAUUAACGACUGGUAUAGGGACCUUAUGGAUAAUCAAAGCGAUCCCCGAGUUAAAGACUGGCCCAUGAUGUCAUCGCCAUUUCCCACAUUGACACUAUGUGUAUUUUACGCUUACUUUAGUAAAUCCUUAGCACCAAAGUUAAUGGCUAACAGAAAACCUUUGGAUCUUAGGAAAAUUUUAAUAUAUUAUAAUUUAUUUCAAACGAUAUUUAGUGCAUGGAUAUUUUAUGAGUAUUUGAUGAGUGGGUGGUGGGGUCACUAUAGCCUUAAAUGCCAACCUGUAGACUAUUCAAAUAAUCCUUUAGCAUUACGUAUGGCCCGUACCUGUUGGUGGUAUUACAUUGCUAAAUUCACUGAAUUCUUUGAUACAUUAUUUUUCAUAUUACGUAAAAAAACUGAACAUGUCUCAACGCUGCAUGUCAUUCAUCACGGCUGUAUGCCAUUCUCGGUUUGGAUGGGCAUGAAAUUCGCUCCAGGUGGUCACAGCACAUUCUUUGCACUACUAAAUUCCUUUGUACAUAUUGUUAUGUAUUUUUAUUAUAUGAUUGCUGCCAUGGGUCCUAAAUACCAAAAAUUCAUUUGGUGGAAAAAAUACCUCACAACUUUCCAAAUGGUCCAAUUUGUUGCCAUUUUUACACAUCAAUUCCAAUUGUUGUUCAGAGAUUGUGAUUAUCCAAAAGGCUUUAUGAUCUGGAUUGGUUUGCACGGAGUUAUGUUCUUAUUCCUAUUCUCAGACUUUUACAAAGCAAAAUAUACAAAUGCAGAAAGACGAAAACCAGGUCAACAGGCAAUAAAAGUAAAUGGUUAUAGCAAAAUUGGUAGUACAAUACCCAAUGGUAAUUGUAGUAAUGGCAAUGUUAAGCAAUUCAUAAACCAUGAUGAACAAUUGCCUAAUGGAGAUAGCAAUAAAGGCGCUUGUAUGCCUGUUUUGGAUGAUGAAUACAAUAUAAGUAAAACUAAUGGAUAUCUGUCUACUAAUGGUGGUGUCUAUAAAAAUGGCUAUUUGAAUGGUCAUGCCUUUAAAGAUGGUGUACUCUCAACAAAUGACGCCAUAAUAAAUCCAGAUAGCAGUAGCUCUAGUCUACAUCAGCGAAAAGUCAAGUAAUUAUUUAUACUAGUGUCUUAGCAUAUAAAAAUUAUUUUUUUAAUUUAUACUAAUAUUUAAGCAAAG